AUGGCUGAGAAAUUGUACGAAUAUCAGGGCUGCAUUGGAAGGCUCCACCAAGUGAGAGAUGAUGUCAGGGAAAAAUAUCAUAGUUGGAAGGAGAGUCAUCCAGGAGGAUUCUCGGGGUGGUUGAAAGAACAUAUUUUCGAGAGGAAACAAAGUGAUAGAAACCAGGAUUUCUCACAUAUCUACAGGCGGAAAUCCAAGAAAGAACUGGUGAGAGUAUCGGCUGCCGUAAUGGGAAUCGAGUUUUCCUACGCCGCAGAAACUGCUUUCGUGUCUCCCACUCUGCUCAAAAUAGGGGUCGAACACAAGCACAUGACCCUCGUGUGGGCCCUCUCGCCCUUGAUCGGCUUCUUCCUCACGCCCAUUUUGGGCUCACUUAGUGACAGAUUGAAAAGACUAUUUCCGAACGAUCAAAUCAAAUUGCAACUUUUGAAGGCCAUCAAAGCCGACACUCCCAUCCUGAUACCCUUCAGAAAAUGGGAAUUGCAUAUGUUGCCUUCUCUCACGACAGGCGCCACCAAUGAAAUAUGGGCCGUCAAGACAUCUUCGUUUCUCGAAAGUCCUAGAUAUUGCAUCGUUUGCUUUCAAACAGAUCAUGAUCUGACUAAAGUUAAUACUGAUCCCACGAUUUUCAAUCACGCAAACAUAACGAAUAUCACAUUAACUCUCAACGGGGAAAGUUAUCCAAAGGAGAAGAUGCAAUUGGCCUUCGAUAAAGGAGCCUUUCCACAGGCGUACUUCAACUAUACGCAAUUUGGAUAUAGCUAUAAAAACACCUCCCAACACACUCCGCUCCUAGGCUACCCCGAGUUUGCCAAUAAACAACCUCUUUUCGUUAUCGAUUGUUCGCGACGAGACGAAAGUGUCAAAAGCUCCACUGUCGAUGUCAAACUUGAAAUUGAAGCAUCCCAAGGAUUUCCUGCCAACACUCGAGCCUAUUGUAUCAUCAUCCAUGAUAACAUCAUUGAGCACCUCCCACUCAGUGAAAUUAUCAAGAAGUGGAAUUGA